GUGCAUUUCCGCUCGCUAGUUCAAAGCCGGCUACCCACAGUAAAGCCGCUUUGAGAGCUUGCCUGCGUCCUUGUGUGACACGGUAUUUCCGGUUCCGGCCCCAUUGUUGCAAAGCGAUGGCGGCGCGGGCUGGUUUCCAAUCGGUGACUCCUGGGGGAUCCGCGACAGUGGCGGCAUCGCUGGGGCCCGGGACACCGGGGCCCGCUGUGCGGAUGGGCCCCGCCCCAGGGCAAGGGAUGUACCGCUCUCCAAUGCCUGGAGCUGCCUACCCGCGACCUGGGAUUCUUCCAGGAAGCCGAAUGGCUCCUCAGGGACCGGCCAUGGGGCCACCAGGUUAUGGAGGAAGCCCAGCUGCUCGACCGGGGAUGGCCCAGGCGGGCAUGGACCAGUCACGUAAACGGCCUGCACCCCAACAAAUUCAGCAGGUGCAGCAGCAACAGGCUGCUCAGAAUAGGAACCACAGUGCUAAAAAGAAGAAAGUAGCUGAUAAAAUUCUACCUCAGAGGAUUCGGGAGCUGGUACCUGAAUCGCAGGCUUACAUGGAUUUAUUGGCGUUUGAGAGAAAGUUGGAUCAAACCAUUAUGAGAAAACGGCUUGAUAUUCAGGAAGCGUUAAAACGUCCUAUCAAGCAAAAAAGGAAACUUCGAAUCUUCAUUUCCAAUACAUUCAACCCAGCAAAAUCAGAUGCUGAGGACGGCGAGGGAACAGUGGCAUCAUGGGAGCUGCGGGUGGAAGGACGUCUUCUUGAAGAUGCAGCUUUGUCAAAAUAUGAUGCUACCAAACAGAAGAGGAAGUUUUCAUCCUUCUUCAAGUCUCUUGUUAUUGAGCUAGACAAGGACCUCUAUGGACCCGAUAAUCAUUUGGUGGAGUGGCAUAGAACCCCUACCACACAGGAGACUGAUGGCUUUCAGGUCAAGCGCCCUGGGGACGUGAAUGUUCGCUGCACUGUAUUAUUAAUGCUUGACUAUCAGCCACCGCAGUUUAAACUAGAUCCACGACUUGCUCGCCUCCUUGGAAUCCAUACCCAGACUCGCCCGGUCAUCAUUCAAGCUCUGUGGCAAUACAUUAAAACUCACAAGCUUCAGGACCCCCACGAGCGGGAAUUUAUAGUCUGUGACAAGUAUCUUCAGCAGAUAUUCGAGUCUCAGAAGAUGAAGUUUUCCGAGAUCCCUCAGCGGCUUCAUGCCCUGCUUAUGCCUCCAGAACCCAUUGUUAUCAAUCACGUCAUCAGUGUGGACCCUAAUGACCAGAAAAAGACAGCCUGUUAUGAUAUUGAUGUUGAAGUGGAUGACACGCUAAAAACACAGAUGAACUCUUUCUUGCUCUCAACAUCCAGUCAACAAGAGAUAGCGGCUCUCGAUAACAAGAUUCACGAGACAAUUGAAACAAUUAAUCAGCUGAAGAUCCAGAGAGAGUUUAUGUUGAGCUUUGCACGCGAUCCUCAGGGAUUUAUUAACGACUGGUUGCAAUCUCAAUGCCGUGACCUCAAGACUAUGACAGACGUCGUGGGCAAUCCAGAAGAGGAGCGUAGAGCUGAAUUUUAUUUCCAGCCCUGGGCUCAGGAAGCUGUGUGUCGAUACUUCUACUCUAAGGUCCAGCAAAGACGACAGGAGCUGGAACAGGCUCUAGGUAUACGAAACACAUAAGCUUUUGGUGACUGCAAAUGAGAGGCAGCAGCUGUUUGCUUUCCUUGGAUUCUUUUUGUGUCCUCUCCAGCAUUUCAAGCAGCAAUCUUGAGGCUUCAGGACGCUGCUUUCCAUGUAGGAUGUGUUGGAAUCAGGGUUUCUACACAGUAACUGACUGCAGGGUGGUGAUGAUACACUAACAUACUGUUAAUGGCUGGUUAUAUAUAUAUGAUUACAUAUUUUUUGACCCGGUUAAACAAAUAUAGCCUCAGAGAAAUAUUGGGUUUUGAACUUCCCUCAAGUGUCAUUCUUUUAUGUAUUUUGUCUCGCCCUCAUCCACACAAUUUCUGUAAAUCCUUUCAACAUCAGAUGGACUUCUUCCCGUAAUCCAUGGUUGGAUUUUAAGCAGCAGUGGUUCAUAUUACUGCAGUUUAAUAGUAUACUAGCAUAUAUGUAACUUAUAGCAUCCCAAAGACAGACUUUAUUAUUUUGGCACUGCCGUUAUGUUUUUGGGAGUAUUUUACCUCUGUUUUCUAGCAGAUAUAGUUAAUGAGGGGGUAAGUGCCCUAUUUUUUUUUUUUUUUACUAUUAAUAUACUAGUUUAAAAGGUUAUGUUUUCCUGGGAAAAGUGGUCAGAGAUUUCACAAAUGAAGGACUCCUCUCUGAACGUAGCUGAGUGCACAUUGAUAUAUAAUACAGCAUUUUCAUUCUGAGGAAUGGAUUCUUAAGAUGCUGCUUCUGUUUUCCGGGGACUAUAGCCCUAGAAGCUUUUUGAAACCCCUCACUGAAUGUGCUCCGAGCACCCCUAUUCUCAAAAUGUAGCCUUUUUUAUUUUUCAAAGGAUUAUGGUUUUGAUGGACCAAAAUAUUGUUUUGUAUCUUGUAGUCAUUGCCAAGUUUUAAUAAAAGCAACUUCUGAGUAAAGCCAGAA